AUGGAAGCAGAGCAGAAAGGCAGCAUGUUGCCGGGGGCACCACUUCCGAGUCGGGCCUCGCCCAGCGCCGGCUCUUCAAACGAGCGCGACGACAGCGUCCAGCCCGCGGACAAUAGGGAGAAGCGCUCCAGCGAGACGGGAACCAGCGGAUCUCUGGCCGACUUCAGGAACGACGCGAGCACCGCGCGAGAAGACGCGACGUUCUAUGCAGCCAUUGACAACGAGCGCGCAGCAGCGGUCGGAAACGACGACCUUCCUCAUGUCGUUCCCGACAUGAUUGACCUGGGCACCCACUGGUUUUCCAGACCCUGCGAGGCGAGGGGGGCGGGACCCCAAGAGCGAGCUCGGGCGUACUCGCGAGCGCACGGCCACCAGAUCCUGGCGGCCGGCGACGUCCGCGACGACACCGCCACCAAGCGGUACACCACCUUCGCCGACGCGGAAGCGCUGCAGAAGUACGACGAGCACCUGGCAGAGUUCGCCGUCGAGCGCAACAUGUACGAGGUGAUGUACCCGGAGCUCCCUACUCGCCUCUAUUUCGAUCUGGAGUGCUCGGUUGCGGAGCGGGUCGACGCUGUCUUCGCGGAACGCCUCGCUCGUUUCGCCGAGCUACGGGCGGCCUUCUUCUCCCGAGUCCUGGGCCUUUCCUCGCUCGACCUGUCCUUCCAGACUAGCACGGCGCACGGAGAAUCGAAGGGAGGGUUCAAGCACAGCGCGCACGAGGUGCUGGAGGGGUUCUACGUAGAGAACCAAGAGGAGCGCCUGCUUUUUAAGGAAUGCUUCGAGGCGUUCCUCGAGGACCCUCCUUCUGACGAGCUCGCCGAGAGCGUCCCGUUCCUGGAAUACGAGCGGAACGGUAAGAGCGAGGGGAUCUGGGACGCCGGGGUCUACACCAAGUUCCGCUGUUUCCGCAUCCUGGGCUCCUGCAAAAAGGGGUCCGGCAGGCCGCUCGUCCCGGCUGAUGGCAGUUCGCCCGAGUUGCGCGACCAUCUGGUAGGGGUUUACGACGGCGGCCAGAAGAGCGCCCUCAAGAAGAUCGACAUGGGGCCGGCGCGCGCGUAUAUGGUGGCUAGGUCGCAACCCGUCCGUCAGAGACGCAGCUGGUGA